AUGAACUUUGACGUAGAGAUGGCCAUUUUUGGAGAAGCAGCUCCCUACCUGCGGAAGCCAGAGAAAGGGAGAAUGUAGGCUCAGAAUCGCCCUUUGGAUUCUAAGAAAGCCUGCUUUGCACUGGAUGAUAAAGAAUUUUAUGUGAAAGGUAUGAUCCAGAGUAGGGAAAAUGACCAAGUCACAGUCAAGACCCUCGAUGACUGGACACUCACUCUGAACAGUGACCAGGUGUUCCCCAUGAACCCUCCCAAAUUCGACAAAAUUGAGGACAUGGCCAUGAUGACCCACCUGCACGAGCCGGCGGUGCUGUACAACCUCAAAGAGCGCUACGCAGCCUGGAUGAUCUACACCUACUCAGGCCUCUUCUGGGUCACCAUCAACCCCUACAAGUGGCUGCCAGUGUACAACCCCUAGGUGGUGGCUGCCUACAGAGGCAAAAAGCGCCAGGAGGCCCCACCCCACAUCUUCUCUGUCUCCGACAACACCUAUCAAUUCAUGCUGACUGAUCGAGACAACCAGUCCAUCCUUAUCACUGGAGAAUCGGGGGCUGGGAAGAUGGUGAACGCCAAGCGUAUUAUCCAGUACUUUGCGACAAUCACAGUUACUGGAGACAAGAAGAAGCCACAGCCAGGCAAAAUGCAGGGGACCCUGGAGAAUCAGAUCAUCCAAGCCCUGCUGGAGGCCUUUGGAAACGCCAAGACCAUGAGGAAUGACAACUCCCCAAGAUUUAAUGCCAUUGACAUCCUUGGCUUCAGCUCAGAGGAGAAAGUUGGGAUCUACAAACUGACUGGAGCUGUGAUGCAUUAUGAGAAGUUCAAGCAGAAACAGCGUGAGGAGCAGGCAGGGCCGGACGGCAUUGAGGUGGCUGACAAAGCUGGAUACUUAAUGGGUCUGAACUCUGCAGAAAUGCUGAAAGGCCUGUGCUGUCCGAGGGUGAAGGUGGGGAAUGAAUAUGUCACUAAAGGACAAAAUGUCCAACAGGUGACCAACACAGUGGGCGCUCUGGCCAAAGCCGUCUACAAGAAGAUGUUCCUGUGGAUGGUCGCCCACAACAACCAGCAGCUGGACACCAAGCAGCCCAGGCAGUACUUCAUCGGGGUCUUGGACAUCGCUGGCUUUGAGAUCUUCGAUUUCAACAGCCUGGAGCAGCUGUGCAUCAACUUCACCAACGAGAAACUGCAACAGUUUUUCAACCACCACAUGUUCGUGCUGGAGCAGGAGGAGUACAAGAAGAAAGGCACUGAGUGGACAUUCACCGACUUCAGGAUGGACCUGGCUGCCUGCAUCGAGCUCAUCGAGAAGCCUAUGGGCAUCUUCUCCAUUCUGGAAGAGGAGUGCAUGUUCCCCAAGGCCACAGACACCUCCUUCAAGAGCAAGCUGUAUGACCAGCACCUGGGCAAGUCUGCCAACUUCCAGAAGCCCAAGGUGGUCAAGGGCAGGGCUGAGGCCCACUUCUCCCUGAUCCACUACGCGGGCAUUGUGGACUACAACAUCACGGGCUGGCUGGGCAAGAACAAGGACCCUCUGAACGAGACCAUGGUCGGGCUGUACCAGAAGUCUUGGCUGAAGCUGCUGUCCUUCCUUUUGUCCAACUACGCUGGUGCAGAAGCAGUGACAGAGUCAAGAGCCACGGACAAAGCAAAGACCAAUAUCGCCCUGGGCACUGUCUCCCCAGGCGUGAUGGACCACCACUUGGUCCUGCACCAGCCGCGCUGUAACAGGGUCCUGGAGGGCAUCCGGAUCUGCAGGAACGGCUUCCCUAGCCGGAUCCUCUAUGCUGACUUCAAAGAGCGAACUGACCAACGGCGCUGUCUCCUCAUGUACUGGAUCCUCAAUGCCAGGGCCGUCCCGGAAGGGCAGUUUAUCGACAGCAAAAAUGCUGCUGAGAAGCUUCUGAACUCCUUCGAUGUGGACCGGGAGCAGCACAGGUUUGGCCACACCAAGGUGUUUUUCAAAGCUGGGCUCCUGGGACUUUUGGAGGAGAUGAGAGACAAGAAGCUGGUGACCCUGAUGACACGCACGCAGGCCGUGGGCCGAGGGUACCUGAUGCACAUGGAGUUCAAGAAGAUGAUAAAGAGGAGGGACUCCAUCUUCUGCAUCCAGUACAACAUCCGCUCGUUCAUGAACGUCAAGCAUUGGCCCUGGAUGAACCUGUUCUUCAAAAUCAAGCCCCUGCUAAAGAGUGCAGAGGCUGAGAGGGAGAUGGCCACCGUGAAGGAGGACUUCGAGAGGGUCAAGGAGGAACUGGUUAGAUCUGAGGCUCGCCAGAAGGAGUUGGAGGAGAAAAUGGUGUUCCUGUUGCAGGAAAAGAAUGACCUCCAGUUGCAGGUCCAGUCUGAAACAGAAAACCUGAUGGAUGCAGAGGAGCAAUGUGAGGGGCUCAUCAAAAGCAAGAUUCAACUGGAGGCCAAAGUCAAGGAGCUGAAUGAGAGACUGGAAGAGGAGGAGGAAAUAAACUCUGAACUGGUUGCCAGGAAGAGGAAUCUGGAAGAUAAAUGCUCUUCUCUCAGAAGAGACAUUGACGACCUGGAACUGACCCUAACGAAAGCAGAAAAAGGGAAGCAUGUCACAGAGAACAAGGUAAAGAAUCUCUCUGACGAAAUGACAGCACUUGAAGGAAACAUUUCCAAAUUGACCAAAGAGAAGAAAUCUCUGCAGGAAGCCCGUCAGCAAACACUGGACGAUCUUCAGGCUGAAGAAGAUGAAGUCAACGGUCUAAUCAAAUUCAAUGUCAAGCUGGAGCAGCAACUGGAUGACCUUGAGGGCUGCUUGGAGCAGGAGAAGAAACUGGGGGCUGACCUCAAAAGAAUGAAGAGGAAGCUGGAAGGAGACCUGAAAAUGUCCCAGGAAUCCAUUAUGGAUCUGAAAAAUGACAAGCAGCAAGUGGAGGAGAAACUGAAGGAGCAGGAGUUUGAAAUCAAUCCAUUACAAACCAAAAUUGACGAAGAACAAGUUCACAGUUUGCAGUUGCAAAAGAAGAUAAAAGAACUGCAGGCCCACACAGAAGAGCUGGAGGAAGAGACUGAAGCAGAGCAUACACUCAGAGCCGAGAUUGAGAAGCAGCGUGGGGACUUGGCCCAGGAACUGGAGGAGAUCAGUGAGUGGCUGGAAGAAGCCAGUGGGGCGACCACAGCCCAGAUUGAGAUGAACAAGAAGCGGGAGGCCGAGUUCCAGAAAAUGCGCAGGGACCUGGAGGAGGCCACCCUGCAGCAUGAAGCCACGGCGGCCACGCUGAGGAAGAAGCACGCGGACAGUGUGGCCGAGCUCGGGGAGCAGACUGACAACCUGCAGAGGGUCAAGCAGAAGCUGGAGAAGGAGAAGAGCGAGAUGAAGAUGGAGAUCGACGACCUGGCCAGCAACAUGGAGACUGUCUCCAAGUCAAAGAGUAGCAUAGAAAGAAUGUGCUGGACUGUGGAAGAUCAAUUUAAUGAAAUCAAAGCCAAAGAUGAGCAACAGACACAGUUAAUCUAUGAUCUGAACAUGCAGAAGGUGAGACUGCAGACCCAAAAUGGUAAGGAUGGGGAGCUGAGCCACCAAGUGGAAGAGAAGGCGUCUCUGAUUUCACAGCUAACUAAAGGCAAGCAGGCCCUCACCCAGCAGCUGGAGGAGCUUAAGAGGCAACUGGAAGGAGAAACCAAGGCCAAGAACACCCUGGCGCACGCCCUGCAGUCCUCCCGCCAUGACUGUGACCUGCUGCGGGAACAGUACGAGGAGGAGCAGGAAGCCAAGGCCGAGCUACAGAGGGUGCUGUCCAAGGCCAACAGCGAGGGCCAGUGGAGGACCAAAUACGAGACGGACGCCACCCAGCACACAGUGGAGCUGGAGGAGGCCAAGAAAAAACUGGCCCAGAGGCUCCAGGAAGCAGAGGAGAGCACAGAGGCGAGCUCCCAGUGCACUUCCUUGGAGAAAACCAAGCAGAGGCUUCAGGAGGAGGUGGACGACCUGAUGCCGGAUUUGCAGCGAACCAGCACAGCCUGUGCCAUCCUGGACAAGAAGCAGAGGGGCCACGAUAAGGUCUUACACUUGGUGCGGGAGCUGGAAAAUGAGCUAGAUGCUGAGCAGAAGAGAGGAGCCGAGGCUCUGAAGGGGGCCCACAAAUACGAGCGAAGAGUCAAGGAAAUGACUUACCAGGCUGACGAGGAUCGCAAGAAUAUCCUCUGGCUCCAGGACCUGGGGGAAGAGCUGCAGGCCAAAGUGAAGGCUUACAGGAGGCAGGCUGAGGAGGCCAUGAGUAUGGGGGAGGAGCAGGCCAGCGCGCAACUGUCCAAGUGCCGCAGGCUCCAGCAUGGGCUGGAGGAGGCUGAGGAGAGCGCAGAUGUUGCUGAGUCCCAGGUCCACACGCUAAGGGCCAAGAGCCGAGAUGCAGGAGCCCAGGUGAGACAGGGACUAAGUGGCACCGGGGGAGCCUGGAGCCUGCCUGCUGGCUUCUCUUCCUUGUUGCCGGCCUCCUUUCCAUCUCAUCAACAGCCCACCCCAUGUGCCUUUGACUCAGCGGGGCUUGAAGCAGUGAUGGUAGCAGGAAAUGAUUCUGAGUUCAGGCGACCUCAGAUAUCUGACAUUACCAUCACCCCCAUCUUCACCAUCAUCACCAUCACAACCAUUCUUGCCACCAUUACCAUCAUCACCAUCACAACCAUCUUCACCACCACAGCCAUCCUUACCACCAUCAACACCAUCACCAUCACAACCAUCCUCACCACCAACACCAUCGUCACCAUCAUCACCAUCUUCACUAUUACAACCAUCUUCACUACCAACACCAUCCUCACCACCAUCACCAUCUUCACCACCACAGCCAUCCUCACCACCACCAACACCAUCACCAUCACAACCAUCCUCACCACCAACACCAUCUUCACUAUCACAACCAUCCUCACCACUACCAUCACCAUCUUCACCAUCACAACCAUCCUCACCACCAACACCAUCAACAUCUUCACCAUCACAACCAUCAUCACCAUCAUCACCAUCUUCACCAUCAUGACCACCCUCACCACCAUCACAAUCAUCACCAUCAUCACCAUCAUCACCAUCUUCACCAUCACAACCAUCCUCACCACCAUCACCAUCCUCACCAUCACAACCAUCCUACCACCAUCAUCACCAUCUUCACCAUGGUCACCACUACCAACAACAUCAUCAUUGCUCAACUUUAGGACUGAAAGAACCUAUUAA